AUGAAAAGAUUAACACAUUUAGCAUAAUACCAUUUUUCUUUUAAUUAUCCUUGUCCCAGAAAGCUCAGAGAAGUUGUUAAGCUUUCUCUUUUCGAAAAAGAAACUACUGAUAAAUGCAUAGAUUUAUGGACCGAAUAUCAUAAUACCAGAAGUGAAAAUAUUUCUGAUGCUAUAUCAAAAAAAGAAUAUGAUAUCUUAAAAAGACAGUAUACAUAAUCACCUAUGUUUUUAGUUCCUAUCAAGAAGAAAACAGGUCACUUUCUUCUUUUGGGUUAAGCUCAAGAAAAAUCUAUUUUAUUCACUUACCUUGAAGACUAUAAGUUGAAGGGAACAAAGGCUACACCCUACUUUGUCAUUACUCUAUUUGAUGAGCUAAUUCCUACCAAAUAAUUAUCAUUAGUUAGAGGAGAUAUUAUUAAUUUUAUGAUAACUAAACCUGAAGCUAAUGUAGUAUGGAAUUUAACUUUAAAGUAAUACUUAACACCAGAUUUAUAUCAAGAUUUCGUUUUCAAAUUUAAUCACAGUCCUCAUGAAUUCAACUAUGAAGCUUAUAGUUAAUUCUUUUAACUGCAAAUCUGA